UCCUGUUGUCCAGUGGACAAGAGAACAAUUCUUUGAAAAAUUAUACCUAAUCAAGAACUCCUAGUGACUGAUCUGUUUGCUUCCUUUGUUUAUGUGCUUUAGAAAGGUUGAUUCCCUGCUAAGAUUGUAGUUGGGCGGUCGGUCAACCAUGUCUGAAUGUGUAACCAAAAUAGCAACUUCACUGUAUCUAAGCAAAAACUGUUUAACUUGCCAAGUUUCAUAUGUAAUUGCAAAAGCAUAUAAUAAAGAAAACAUUUCUCUGUGUCAGAGGAGCCUUGCUCCCCUGUGCCACCAGAAGAACCUCUGGUGCCUGUGUUGUUUGUCUGUUUGCCCGUGUCAUUCCCUCCUGCAGGAAUCUCCUGGAUCUGCUGUGGCCGGACUGUGGCAAGCUGGCACCGGAGUACAGGGACCUGACAGGAUGCAGAAACACCUAUUUGGAUUUCAGAGUGGCUGGCACGACACCAUGGAUCAACCACGCAGACCACCGACUCCAAUGCCCUACCCCCUGCCAAGGGAACCUCUGCCAACACCUCCAGGGACACCACCUUUCCUGUUCCAUGCCAAACUGGAAUCAUUGAUCCUGCCUCUGAAGAGGAUGCAACUCCAGAGUGAUUCCUCCUCACACCGCACUAAAUCCCACUACAUAACUGCAUGUGUUCAAUCCCUCUUUGUGCUUUUAAUAGAUAAAGGCAAAGGGAAGCUUAACAUUAUCCGGAGUGCUAAUGGUACUGGAGAAUACAUCAUGUCAUCUGUAAAAGUUGUACUUUAACCAAUUGUAUUUCCACUCUGCUACUGGAUGAAACUGUGUUUAUAUUACAACAACCUCCUUUUACUCAAAUGUCAUGCUGAAUAUCAGUGGAUUUGUGUCACUCCCUUAAAAUAUAAUGAAACCUUGUAUACUUGGGAAAGAACUCAAAUGCAUCUUACGGGCGUAUGGAAUAAUAGUGAUAUUAGUUUAGAUCUUUCCCCUUUGCAUCAAAAAAUACAGGAUAUUUCUCAUUCAGGAUCAUCUCUCCUCCCCACUUCUGAAGUGGCAUCUGAUGUGCCACUGAUAAAAUUAAAACCUUUGUUCAGCAUCAUAACUUUAUGACAUUUGUUUACAAUGUUGCCAUUAUUGGAGGAAUAGCUGUGAUCCUUGUUGUUCUCCUUCCAGUCAUCAUCCGAGCCCUCUUCCGAGGAAUUCGAUCUGCACAGAUAGAUACCAAGACACUCCAAUUAAAUGUAAAAAAAGGGGAGAUGCCCGAGACCUUCCAGUGCCAGUUCCUUGACAAAGUCAGGACUGGCAGCAGGUACCUGCAAAGCAGGGACCGCAUAGGAUGGGUGUGCAGCCUCUCUCUCUCUCUACUCUCUAUUAAUCAUAGCUUUCCAGAUAUGCAUUGUGCCAUUGAUAAAGGAUGGUUGGGAACCUGAAGGAUCAGAACUGAAAGUAGUUAAGGAAUCAGAACCCAGGAUGAAAGGCACCCCCCUCCAACCCAGGAUGGAAAGGGGAAGUAAAAGCCACCACAGAGAUUUGCUUCAGUCCCCUACCUCCUGUGUGGCAAUGCUCACGCACAAGAAUGGGAGGAGAGCGCUGCACGGGUCUUGUGCAUGGGAAAACAUUAGGUGAACGCCCUGUGUGUGCUGGACUGGCUCUAGAUGGAGAUAUUGCAAAUGUGGGUCCUGUUGUCCAGUGGACAAGAGAACAAUUCUUUGAAAAAUUAUACCUAAUCAAGAACUCCUAGUGACUGAUCUGUUUGCUUCCUUUGUUUAUGUGCUUUAGAAAGGUUGAUUCCCUGCUAAGAU